ACAACACACCGCCCCGCCCCCGUGUUUUCGUGCUGGGCUCGCGGGGAAGCCGCGGGGUCUCUCCUCCUGGCCGUCCUCCACCGCCGGCUCAGAGUGUCUGCGGAGCGGGCAGGUGCUGUGCCGCGGGAGCUGCCGUUCCCCGAGCGACCCUCGGAGCCCCGCCGUCGGCCUGAGCCAGCGGGACCGCGAGCGCAGUCUGCAGCGAGGGAGGCAGGCCCCGCGCGGGGACCUGGACAGCGAGCCGCGGCCCAUCAUGAAGUUCCAGUACAAGGAGGACCAUCCCUUCGAGUACCGGAAAAAGGAGGGCGAGAAGAUCCGAAAGAAGUACCCGGACCGCGUCCCGGUCAUUGUGGAGAAGGCGCCGAAGGCCAGGGUGCCUGAUCUGGACAAGAGGAAGUACCUAGUGCCCUCGGACCUCACUGUGGGCCAGUUCUACUUCUUAAUCCGGAAGAGGAUCCACCUGAGACCUGAGGACGCCUUAUUCUUCUUUGUCAACAACACUAUCCCUCCCACUAGCGCUACCAUGGGCCAACUGUAUGAGGACAACCACGAGGAAGACUAUUUUCUGUACGUGGCCUACAGUGACGAGAGUGUCUAUGGGAAGUGAGUGGUGGAAGCCCAGCAGAUGGGAGCACUUGGACUUGGGGGUAGGGGAGGGGUGCGAGUGGGACUCGAGGGAAGAGAGAGAGGGCUCCCACCAUGGAGAAGACAGAAGGUGAAGACAUUGGAAACCUUACACUGCACACACUGUCGUCAUACUUUCACAUGCUCAGUUGAUGUUUUUUUUGCUGCUUCCUCCGGCCCAGGGAGAAAGCAUGUCAGGACAGAGCUGCUGGAUGGACUUUGACAGAGAGUGGAGAUGACCUAAGUUCAUGGCGUUGCCAAGAAUUACGUUUUUUUGUGAUUUCACAGUAGGUCAGAAGGUGGGCAAGUUAAAGCCAGAGAUGAGUGUAAUCCAGCAGCACCUCUCAUCUCUUUGGGCAGAGAUUUGAUUUUUGACAUUUGCACAAGACAAGUAGGAAAGGGAACAGGAAUUCCUUAGGAGUUGUGGUAGCGGACCAUACCUGGGGACCAAAAGACACCCACAGUAGUUGAAGUAUUGCAGACUUUGCUCUCUCCAAUUUCUCCACUUCCUGCAUCACCUGCUAGUCUCUCAUACGUGAGUGUCACAGCCCUACUUCCCGAGGUGGAGUAGACGCCCACACAGACAUUCAGAAGGAGCACACUUUGGAAAGCUGCGGUCCUCCAAAGGUGAUUGUGAUUCCUAUUAGUUUUGAUAGCAUUAAACUGGAACUGACCGUUGAGCUUCUGUCUUAACCUGCUCGCUCUCUGGUGCCCCUCCUCCCACACCUACUCCGUAAUUUUCUGCACCCUGGGCACUUUCAGUUGCAGGCUAAAGCCAGUCCUUUCGUGUUGCCCUGAGCAGUUUCCAUGAACAGGAACAGAGGUGUCUUUCAGUGUGGAAAGGGCAAGUAAGGGAGAUGAUCUGCACUUCCCACACAUCGUGUCCUCGCUCCCUCACUGCUGUCCCUAGUCUCACACGCACAGGAGCGCAGAGUGACGGCCAGCUGCUUCCCUCCUCUGGUUUUCAUCCACUGCAGCUGCUCAUUAGAAGUGUUUGGAGGGAUGACUUUUAGUCAUUCACAGGGGAUUAAUUGGUUUCUUUUCAUUUAAGGGUCGAGGGUGGGGGUGGGAAGCAGGAAUUGCACUCAGAUGUGACAUUUCAUCUCCGCUAAUGAAAAGGAUCCUUCCUGUUGGGGGAUAUCUGUGUGUCUGUUCUGUCAGCUUCAGGUUCUUGUAUAAUGAAUUCAGUCUUGUCAGGCCAAGGAAAUAAAAUAUUUGCUUACUGUAAAAAUCUA